AUGAACUAAAGACUAGAAUCCUUUGGGCUUUAAUCUGGUUAAAUUGAAUGCCAAUUCGAUGAUAAUUAUAGACCUUUUAAUAAAACUCCUUCGUGCUCACCUUUGCCUUAAAAUGAGGCAGAAUAGUUUGAGGAUUUAAACUUUUCUAUUUUGUCAAAUACCAAUUUUCAAGUUGAUGGUAUUAAAAGCGCAAAAUAAAAAUCGAAAAUUUAGUAGAUAAAAAUCUAAUCAAACUUAUUUGAAGUUCUGAAAGUUGAUAAAUUAGUAGCACUUUUUAAGGAAAAAAUAAUGUUGAAAGCCCAUGUUUUGAGUUAAUCUAAAAGGGAAUUGAUUAAAAAAAUUAUUAAUGAAAAGUAUGUAUAACAAAGAGAAUCAAAUGCUUAGCAUGAUUUCCCUACGCAUUGCUCAAAAAUAAGUCAUCAACUUUUUGAUUCAGGUAAUGUUUUCCUAUAAAUUUGGUCUUAUAUAAAGACUAUCAUUUUACUAGUCCUAUUAUGGGUUUAUCCUUUUCUUUGGAGUUUUAGAAUUGAUAGUCAAUACCAUCCACUUACUAUUGUAUUUAUUCUUUUGGAUAUCAUCUUAAAAUUAAAUACUUAGUUAGUAUUUUAGGGAAAUGUAUAAUAUUACAUAAUUUAAUUAGGUAAUUAAUUCGAGAUCUGAGAUACUGUCAUUUUAUUUCAGAUCUUAAUUACUAUUUGACACUCUUAUCAUAAUUUCUGUUAUUACUAUAAGUUAAACAAUUUCAGGAAAUCAAAAAGUAUAAAUAGUGGAGAUCAUUUUUGUGUUCAUCUUUUCCUUUUUGAUUUACAGAAAAUUUACUGAAGAAAUAGCUAAGAUUAAUCAAUCAACUUAGUUUAAUAAACUAUUUCGAGAAUAUUUUAAUUUAUUCUAAUUGCUUAUAUUGAUAAUUUAUUUUAUUCAUAUUUUAGCAUGUAUUUGGAAUUAUGCAGGUCAUGAAUCCUAAGAAUAUUUUGAAAACAGUUGGAUUGUGUAAGCAAACAUUUUGAACGAAGCAAUAGAAAUUCAAUAUUUAUAUUCAUAUUAUUGGGCUGCUGCCACAACUAUAACUGUUGGAUAUGGAGAUAUAUCUCCUAAGAAUCCAAUCGAAAUACUAACUUGCAUAUUUUCAAUGCUGUUAUCUAGCUUUAUCUUUGCAUACUCUAUUAAUUCAAUAGGAAAUAUAUUAUAUAAUAUAAAUCUUCAAUAAUCACAGUUUAUGUAAUUAUAUUAUUGUAAGUUUUAGUCAAAGCAUACGUGCUAUUUCAGCUUAUAUGAACUAAUAUCACAUUCCAAAUUAAUUAUAGAAUAGAAUUAGAAGUUAUUUGUAAUACUCUAAUUAAGAAUAAUCAGAUAUUGAUUAAGAAUAUAAAGAAGUGAUUGAAAACAAAUUAUCACAAUAAUUAAAAGAAGAAUUGAAAUUCACAGUCUUUAAAUACAUUUUAUAAAAAAGUAAGAUUUUACUGAACAAUUUCUCAGAAGAAUCUUUGAAAUAAGCAUCGCAAAAAUUGAUUUCACGUAGGUAUUGUCCUGAGGAAUUAAUUUUUAUUUAAAAUAUCCAGGAUGACAAUUCCUUAUACAUGAUUGAUUCAGGUAAGGUUUAAUUGAUUGACACAAAGUCAGAUACUGUUAUUUGUACAUUAACUAAUGGAUAGUUUUUCGGUGAAAAUUCUUUCUAUACUCUAAAUCCAAGGAAAUGCAGUGCAAAAAGCAUUGGAUUCACUAAAAUAUUCAGUAUCAAUAGAGAUGACUUUUUGUAAGUAUUAUCUAAAACAGAUCUUUAGAAAUUUCAUAACAUUAAAGACAGAAUACUAUAAAAUUUAUCAAUAGAUGGAAUGCUGUGUUAUCUCUGCAAUAAAGAUGAUCACAUUUUAUUUGAUUGUAAAUACCUGAAUUAUAAACCUGAUAUCUAAAAACUCAUUUUACUUUAUAAUAAAUCUAUGCAAAAUAGAACUAUCAAUGUUAAAAGAGACCGUUAAAAAUUCAAUUCGCUUAAAAUAAAAACAGUAUUAUAUUCUAAAUAUAGAAGAUUAUUUAAGAUAAUCAAAAGGCAUACAUUAGCGAUUUAUAGUAGGAUGAAUAACUAUCCGAAUAAGAUGAAACUAACAAAAACUCAAUAUCCUAACUAUAGCCAAGUCUUGAUACACCAUCCCAAGAAUUGACAAAUUAAUCGCCUAUCAACUUAGAUGGAUUCCCCACCAAAAAUUCUAUUUAUAAAAUAGUUCAUCCCAAAGGAAAUGAGUCUAAAUAAGUUGCUAUACCGAAUAGUAAUAGCGUCAUGAAUUUAGAACCCUCAAUAAAAGAAAUCCAACUUAAAUCAAACCUUAAAAUUGAAAGAGAGAAAUCAUAGAAAUUUACAAAAACAUGGAAAUCUUAAUUCAUUACAUCAUUAAAUAAUGCAAAUUUUGAAGAUCUAAUUGAGUUUGAAAAACAUUAAGAAUUUCAGCAUUAUUUUCCUCACAACAAUAUUACAGAAAUUAUCAUUCAAUAUAAUAAAAUUGGAAAAUCCUUGAGAAGACUUUCUCGGAAAUCAUAACGAUCUGUUUUUAAGAAUCCUAUGAAAAAAAAAAGUUAAUGA